AAGAUGUACAAGCUCUUGGGUUUGGUUAUCCUGGUGUCUGUGUCAAUUGCUUGGAUUCAGGCUGACUGCGAUGUGUGUCAAUCAAAUGGAGCUGCUUGUAUUAACCAAACCGCUUACCAUUUGUGCUUCGGUGCUGAAACGCCGGAUGUUAAUCAGACCUUCGUUUGCACCGAUGGUUUGGUGUGCACGGAUCAGCCUGUGAUCUGUUUCCAGCGUAGCGAGACUCCAGCGAGUUGUGGCGACACAGACAGCUGCGGCAUGUGUGCUCCCAAUUACACCUUUGCCUGCACCUCCCGAUCCACGUUCGCCUUUUGCUUUGGAGCCUUGACGCCGACCAAUGUCACUGGCAGCUGCCCCGAUGGCUACUUUUGUGACGCCUCCACUCAGGAGAUUUGCGUGACCAAGGCCACCGAUGAUUCUAUCAUUUGCCACUUAAAUUGA